AUGCCAGCCCAAGUUGCAACCCCCCCUGGUCCAGAAGGCUUCAGCAAAGCUUCCACCAAAGGAUCACCGGCAGGAUAUUUUGACGGUGAAAAUUCGAAAGAAAAUAAUACUGGACGAAAGUCAGUACCACCGUCACCUCCCGCUGGAAGAAUCCAAGGAUCACCAAUGACUCCCACUAAACUCAAUAUCCAACGACAGUCUCGUCAGUCGCAGAUCGGGAACGAAGAGGAAUCACGUAAAACUCAUGAAAAUGAGAGUUUUCAGCAGUCAGAAUUGUUUCUACCUGUGACUACUGAAAUGCCAUACCGAACACCGCCGCCGCCGCCCACAACUGUUAUAGAUCCUCCUCAGCAGUCAGACCUAAGGAUGUCUGGGGAAUCAUCGUCAGCUUCAAGACCUUCAUCAGAGACCUCGGCAGCCUACCCAAGCCGAUUUGGAAAUGGAAUUCCCGAACGAAUCGAUGAAAAUGAAGCUGAUGCACAUGAGCAGCCAGUGCCUCAAUUGCAAUAUUACCAUCAGGCUACAACAACUCCAAACCAUCGAGCUUCUAUGCCCAUUGGCACAGGUUCAACCGACUUCAUGGAAGCGGGAGCUUCGACUAAUCGCCAUUUAACCCCUAGUUCAUAUGCCCGACAUUCUUCUAAUAAUUCGAGUCAGAGACCAUUAUCUGCGUAUUCUGACUUGGGUGGGAGAACUCGUUCACCUGGCAAUGGCCCCAACUCACCAACUUGGCGUACGGGAUCCGCUAAUUCGGGGAGGUCUCAUGAUAGGCCAAUGUCGUAUAUCGACCUUGCUAACAUGCCCUACACGAGACAACAUGCACCGGGUCCAAUUUCACUAGAUAAUUCACAGCUAAGGACAGUUGUGGGAUCAAAUGCGUCACUAUUGAGUGCACAGAAGACAUUGGAAAUGUAUCGGCAAAAUGCCAAGAAAUCGAGUAGCUCGGAGAUACAAUAUUCUUUUGCUAUAUUUUUAAUACAGGCAGCUCAAGAGGCUGGUUUAAACCUGGAAGAAGACACUCCACGAAAAGCUAGCCCGAAACCUGGUCGCAAUAGCCCUUAUAUAGAGAGUGAACCUGCCACUCCACAAAACCUCCUGCGCGAAGCCAAGAGCAUUCUACAAAAGCUGGCCGACCGAGGGUAUCCAUUCGCACAAUAUUAUUUGGCUGACGGCUUUUCCUCUGGGCUAUUCAAUAAAGGAAAACCAGAUCACCACACAGCUUUUUCAUUAUUCGUUUCAGCAAGCAAGCACGGCCAUGCUGAGUCUGGCUACCGAGCUGCGUUGUGUUAUGAAUUUGGGUGGGGCUGUAGAGCUGAUGCUGCAAAGGCAGUGCAAUUCUAUCGAGUAGCGGCAGCUAAAAACCAUCCUGGUGCAAUGACUCGUCUUGGUCGAGCUUGUCUCUCUGGUGAUCUCGGCUUUGAUCGAUAUAAGGAGGGCCUUAAAUGGCUGAAACGAGCCACUGAAUCGGCUGAUGCUCAGUACAAUUCUGCGCCGUAUCAUCUUGGAGUAUUGUACGAGAAUGGCUACGGAGAAGAUCUUUUCAAAGAUGAAGCUUAUGCGGCUGAGCUUUUUACCCAAGCUGCAGAGUUAGGAAACGCCGACGCUUCUUUUAAACUAGGCCAGGCAUAUGAACAUGGAAAGCUCUCGUGUCCUCGAGAUCCUGCUCUAAGUGUGCAUUUCUAUAAUGGAGCUGCGGAGGCUGGUAAUCCCGAAGCUAUGAUGGCGUUGUGUGCUUGGUAUCUGAUUGGUGCGGAACCAGUACUCGAAAAAGAUGAGAAUGAGGCAUACGAGUGGGCACGAAGAGCUGCUGAUAUGGGUCUUCUCAAGGCAGAGUAUGCUAUAGGAUAUUUCACGGAGAUGGGUAUUGGUUGCCGACGCGAUCCGCUGGAAGCUAAUGUUUGGUAUGUGAAAGCUGCCGAAUCUGGCGAUGAGCGCGCGAAGCACCGACUUGCCAAAAUCCGAGCAGCAGCGUCGGGAGGUACACCCAUGGAAGUUGCCCCACCCAGAAAUGCGGCCAAGAUUAAGAAAAGUGCUUCGGCAGUCGAUAAACCGGGGAAAGAUGAGAAGGAGUGUGUGAUAAUGUGA